AUGCGUGGUCAUCGUCAGAAACUCUUCCAUAAAGCACAGGGCACAGCAGAGUCUUUAUUGUGGACCCAUGGCCGGAAUGAGGAUGUGUACAGAGUGGCCACUGCCAUUUUCCUUCCGGAGUUCAGAAAUGUUGGCGUCCCAAGCUGGGGGCUGCCCCCCCUGAGGUUUAAAGAAUCCACCUUUUCUCCAGAGGAGAGUACCUGGCCGUACCUGUUUGGAGUGAUUUCAGUCCCUGCCGUCGUCCAGCUGCUGAGCCUGCCCUUUCUCCCUGACAGCCCAUGCUACCUGCUGUUGGAGAAGCACAACGAAGCAAGAGCUGUGAAAGCCUUCCAGACGUUCUUGGGUAAAGCAGACGUUUCCCGAGAGGUAGAGGAGGUCCUGGCUGACAGCCGCGUGCAGAGGAACAUCCGCUUGGUGUCUGUGCUGGAGCUGCUGAGAGCUCCCUAUGUCCGCUAUCAGGUGGUCACCGUGAUCGUCACCAUGGCCUGCUACCAGCUCUGUGGCCUCAAUGCGAUUUGGUUCUAUACCAACAGCAUCUUUGGAAACGCUGGGAUCCCUCCGGCAAAUAUCCCAUAUGUCACCUUGAGUACAGGGGGCAUCGAGACUUUGGCUGCCAUCUUCUCUGGCUUGGUCAUUGAGCGUCUGGGACGGAGACCCCUUCUCAUUGGUGGCUUUGGGCUGAUGGCCCUCUUCUUUGGGACCCUCACCAUCACACUGACCCUGCAGGACCGUGCCCCCUGGAUCCCUUAUCUGAGUAUCGUGUGCAUUCUGGCCAUCAUCGCCUCCUUCUGCAGUGGGCCAGGUGGCAUCCCGUUCAUCUUGACGGGUGAGUUCUUCCAGCAAUCUCAGCGGCCGGCUGCCUUCAUCAUCGCAGGCACAGUCAACUGGCUCUCCAACUUUGCUGUUGGGCUCCUCUUCCCAUUCAUUCAGAAAAGUCUGGACACAUACUGUUUCCUAGUCUUUGCUACCAUUUGUAUCGCAGGUGCUACCUACCUAUACUUUGUCUUGCCUGAGACCAAAAACAGAAGGCAUGCAGAAAUCAGCCAGGCAUUUUCCAAAAGGAACAAAGCAUACCCACCAGAAGAGAAAAUUGACUCAGCUGUCAUUGAUGAUAAGACAAACGGAAGGCCUGAACAAGAUUCCUCCUCCACGCUGGACAAUUAUGUCAAAAACAGGAUUGUCUAAAUGGAUGAUCUCACCUUUCAGGAAACUAAAAUUUUAACCAUUAUUGGGAGGCUUAAAUGAAUUGAAGCUAUGCAAGUCUUUUAUAUUAUUAAGUAUUUACAAGUAAACCUGUACUAAUCUAACAUUGCAACUAUGUUAGCAUUAUUCACAACUGAAUUUCCCAAACUCUUCUGGAAGCUGCAAGGAAUCACUCUAUGUUUCAGUAGACCCAAUGUUCUUUCAUGUAGGUUGAUGACCUGCCUUUAUCAUGACUCAACCCAUGAUUUCAAAAUGAAAUUGGGGAAAUAGUAUGUGAAUGCUUUAUCAAAGAAAAACAAUUUGGCCUGAUAGUGGACUCAAUGGAUUGGAAACCAUAGAUUAAGGUUCUAGUUUCAGCUUUACUACAAGCAACCUUGACCUGUCCUCAACCUGAAUCCCAGUGCCUCAAUGACCCUAGGCUUCAUCCCGAUUAUAGGCUUUCAGAAGUCAGUAGAAUGAUUAUUCAUAGUGCCUAAGAAAUGCGUUUUCCAAUAUUUGGCCUUAAAUCUUAGGCUUUGGAGAACCUAAUACCAACUCACCAGCCUGCAGAUUUUGUCUUUCCCAUACUGUGUUCCAGGAAUGGGCUUAAGACUUCAGGGCUGACGCCGUCCUCACCCCAGACUAUUAAGAGUCCCGUGUGCUCAUAGAGAACAUGAAGAAGAGCAAUGUGUGGAAGACUUAACUUCCAGUAACUGCGGCAUGAACUGACCUCUAUCCAAAUGAAAAACAAUAUUGAGAAUGAUUCUAAAGCUAAACAUAGGCUUGGUGGGGGGGAAAAAAAACAUUGUGAUUAAUUGGUGAUUUCUGCCACAAGUGCGUAGCCAAGAGUGUCCGCAUAUAUACCUUAUGUUUACCAAGUCUAAGAGAGAUUUCUCUAGAAAGAUAAUGAGCUGUCUUAAAUGAUGGGAAGUUCACCAUCACUCUAAGAGCUCAAGUGAAGACCGGGUGAUUUCUCAUCUUGACUGUUGCUAAGAAAAUCUGUAUCAACUUUGGAGGACGGUGUUUGGAACAGAUAUGUUGAAGGGCUCCUCUAACUCUUACAUGCUAGGGUUGUUUGGGUGAGAACCAUUUGCAGCCUGCCAUUGUAAUGUGUGGCUUGUAGUUUGGGUGAUUUCCUGUACUUGCCUCUAAACCAAAGUGCCCUAAAGUAAAUUAAAGUGCACUUGAAUUAGCACCA